AAUUGUAUUUCUGUUCAGUUUGUCACCAUAUUGUUUUACAUGUAAGAUAUACGGUUUAAAGCAUGGUGACAAAAUUAACAUCUUUCAUUACACAUUUAUCCUGUUUGUUAAUGAAUAAUUAAUUGUUUAUCUGUAAAUAUAAACACUUGUGACCAACUAUAGAGAUGUGAACCAAACUGCAUAACACAGCAUCAUGCACGGCCUUUAUAUGAACAAUGUUAACUAGAGAUUGGACAAGUUAAUUCAUGUAACCAGACAUAGAGAGAAUGUUUUUGCGUGACAAAUUGUUGAUAUGUGUUCACUUAUUUUAAAAUUUCGAAAAAAGGACUGGCCGAAUUAUUUUAACGGUUCAACGUAACGUGUACAAUAUGUGAACGAAUUAGCCUCUGGCAACUAAGCGUUAAUCUCAACAGUCAAAAGGUCAUUGACCUGUUAAAAAUAACAAAAUGGAUUUAUUUGACUCUUCAGUGACUACACAAGACGUUAGUAUUACUACAGUUAUUGACACGUCAAACGUCACGCACGAUUUUCACGUGCCUAAGAUUUGGAAUAUGAAGCAUCUUAUAAUGACGUCAGUUAUUUUAGGAAUUCUGAUUCUGUGCACAAUUAUCGGCAAUGUGUUUGUUAUUGCAGCUAUUAUUGUAGAAAAGAAUCUUCAUAAUGUAGCUAACUAUCUCAUCAUGUCACUGGCUGUCUCAGACUGUAUGGUCGCCAUUAUAGUGAUGCCUAUCAGUGCUGUAAAUGAGGUGACACAGCACUGGUUUAUGGGUGCGGAGGUUUGUGAUAUGUGGAUAGCCAUGGACGUCUUGUGUUGUACAGCCUCUAUUUAUGGUCUUGUGGCCAUUUCUAUCGAUAGAUACUGGGCUGUGACUAAUAUAGAUUACAUGAGAAAACGAACAACUAGACGAAUGUGCGUCAUGAUAAUCAUUGUAUGGAUGGCAGCCUUAUCUAUAUCAAUACCAUCCAUUUUGUUGUUUAAAGACGACAACGAUCCUGAUCAUACUGGUAUUUGCAUGAUUAGCCAAGACCUUUUCUACACCAUCUUCUCGACUGUUGGCGCCUUUUAUUUACCAACGGUUAUUUUACUUAUAAUUUACGCGAAAAUAUUUACUGUUGCCAGGCAAAGAAUUUUAAGGAAAAAGUUUUCAGAGAAACGUAAAAACUUGGAGGUGCAACUAAACAGAAGACUUUCUCCACAAUUUAACAAUGCACCGGAAAUGACGUUGUUGACAGUACCGCAUCAUGGGUACACGUCUGCCUCAAGAUCGGAUAUUUCUGAAACUCCAUUUGAUGACAGUGCUAGUAAUUGUGAUAAAAAUUAUCCAACAAUUGAACAGAUUUAUUUUACCUCUGUUGCAGGUGUAAAUAACACCCGUGAUGAAAUAAUGAAAGCUAAAAAGGAAAAAGAAAAACUAAAAAGGAAAAGAGAACGAAAAGUGGCCCGUACACUGACUAUUAUUACUGGUUCAUUUAUAAUCUGCUGGUUGCCUUUUUUCAUCAUAGCAAUUUCGGCACCAUUUAUAAGGUCAAAGGUAAACAUACCCCGACUUGUUGAGAGCAUUACGUUAUGGCUGGGAUACUUUAACAGUUUACUUAAUCCUAUAAUAUAUACUAUGUUUAAUGUAGAAUUUCGAAAGGCUUUCAAAGAUCUUCUAUGUAGAAAAUGUUUAAGGAAGGACAUGAAAAGAACAUUAGAUUUGUGGAUUUGAUCAAACUUAAACAUAAAUAUCUAUUUCCGGAUCUACUUAUAUGUGUGCUUUGUUUAUUAAGUAAAUUUGAUACAUAAAAUCUUUGUUUACAAAA